AUGGCCUGGCGCUGGAAAGUACGUCAUGCAUCGGCCGAGAAACGUCAACAACAGGGCGGCGCAGUGUCUUACGCCGACGUAGCUGCCAGUGGCCCCAAGCAGUCCCCCGAGGAGGCUGCUGCCCCCCCACCCCCCGAGGUCGUCACCACCGAGUCCGCCUCCACUGCCUCCCUCAUCGACGUCGACGUCCCUAGCGUGCGCACCGUGCCCUCCGACUUCCUCGAGCAGGAUGUCCAGACGGAAACACAAGCCGGGCGGCUGGAGCGCGACGAUGAAGCGGCCAAGGCCAAGAAGGCCGAGCGGGCCAAGAAGCACGCGGGCAAAAAGGCACGCGACGCCGACUCGUGGCUCGUCAAGCAGUUUUCGAGCUUGUCUGACGGCAGCGCCGGAGCCCUGGUCAUCACGAACGUCGCUGCUAUUAUUGGCGUGAGCUCCUACCUGGGUUAUCGUGCCUGGGGCCUGUACGAGAAGGGCAACCUGACGUGGAAGAAUGCCGGUGUCGGGGUUGGAAUCCUGGCUGGUGUGGGUGCUGUCGAGGCUGUUUUUGGGCGGUACUUGUACAAGGGCAAGAAAAACAGCUCGUCUUGA